CAAAACAAGCAGACCCGAGCGUCAUCAUCAUGUCAUUGAACGACUUGAUCAACCCUUUAUCGCUACAGAUACCAGUACUCUCUCAUCACAGUAGACUACUACACAACUCUACUCUUCUCAAACCCACUCACACGCAAACCCUAUUUCACCAUGGCUCUCAACCCCUUUCUCCAAAACAAAAACAUCUCGACCCCCAUGAACGACAAGGUCUCCAGAACGCCUUCGCCGACCAUCUCUCCUAUGCAUGACCCUAGGCAGAAGAAGGCAGUCGUACAACCUCCCAACAAGGUGCUGGGUGCUGUGAACCCCAACCCGGUCAUCCCCGGUCAGAACACCACUCCAUCAGGCGAACAGGUCUACCAACAAGGACUCGGUCAAAAGGCUCUUCUCGCCAAGAGGUUCGCCAAAGCCAACAAACCCUCUUUGGUAUCUCCUACCGACCAGAUGCAAUCCCCCUGCUCCCAAAAGCUCGCAGGUGCGAAGAAGAGGCAUUUCGUCAAGGGCAAGCCCGUCUCCCUAGCAUCUUCGUUCUUGGCCGCUCAGUCAUCACCAGCGGGGAAAUCCGUCCGAUCGGAACAGGAGCACGAUGAGAACGUCGACAUGUCAUGAUCCGGCGC